CUGACGUCGCCCCGGAAGUCUCGCGGGAGGAUCUGCCCCGGGGCGGAGCGGAAGCGGGCAGAAAGAAGAGAAGGGAGAGGCGGCUCCGCGGAGAACGGCCGCAAGCGAUUCCGCCGUCGUCUUAUCUCCGGAGCAUCAACCAGCUGUGUGUGGUGCGGCAAUCAAGACACUAGUUAACUGCGCUACGUGACAUUGAGGAGGUUGGGCAGCGGAGGGGUCCCGCCUUUCUGUUUCAAAGGCCCCCCCGCAGGUCAGCGACGCUGCGAUAACCAUGGAAGCCAUAGCUAAAUAUGACUUUAAAGCCACAGCUGAUGAUGAGCUAAGCUUCAAACGAGGGGACAUACUAAAGGUUUUGAAUGAAGAAUGUGAUCAGAAUUGGUACAAGGCUGAGCUUAAUGGCAAGGAUGGUUUUAUUCCAAAAAACUAUAUAGAAAUGAAGCCACACCCGUCACGGCUGAUGGGAGGGGCUGCACAUAGCUUCCUGAAAACAGCUGACUGCCCUAGUUGGUUUUUUGGCAAAAUUCCACGUGCCAAAGCAGAGGAGAUGCUUGGAAAACAAAGACAUGACGGUGCCUUUUUGAUCCGAGAAAGUGAAAGUGCCCCGGGGGACUUCUCGCUGUCAGUCAAGUUUGGCAAUGAUGUACAGCAUUUCAAGGUCCUGCGAGAUGGGGCAGGGAAAUACUUCUUGUGGGUGGUAAAGUUUAACUCCCUGAAUGAGCUAGUGGACUACCACCGGUCCACAUCUGUGUCCCGGAACCAGCAGAUCUUCUUACGUGACAUCGAGCAGGUGCCACAGGUACACGGGGGAGACAGAGCCACAAGUUUAACACAGCAACCUACUUAUGUGCAGGCGCUGUUUGACUUUGACCCCCAGGAAGAUGGGGAGCUUGGAUUCAGACGAGGAGACUUCAUCCAGGUCGUGGACAACUCAGACCCCAACUGGUGGAAAGGGACAUGUCACAGCCAAACUGGCAUGUUUCCACGCAACUAUGUGACGCCAGUAAACCGCAACCUGUAACUAGAGCCGGCACAGAACCAGGAGCCAAGGAGGAGCACAGACAAGCUUACCUGGGUGGGAUUGCUGGGGGACUAGGAGGCAAAUGAAUAGAAUUUGGGUGAAUGGACAAUGGAUAACUAAAUAGAAGAACAUGGACAGGCAACACACUGACCUAGAAGAAAGUAACCUUAGUCUAAUAAUUCAGGGAAGCGGCUUCAUGACAUGACAGGGGUAUAGCAGACUUGAAUGGGGUGGAAUUUUUAUGGGCUGACAGAAAUGUGAUUUAGGGGAAGGGAAGAUACUGGCACUAAACCUAAACCGUGAUAAGACAGUCCCUGACAUGCGUUGACUAACCCAGUUGUCUGUCUGUGCUGUAAACAGUUGCCUCUCAGCAUUUUUUUUUUUGAAGC